UGGUUUGGGCCAUACCCCACCCAACCUAUCCAAAUAACAACUCCCAUCUCAACCAACCGACGCACGCAGCCAGACACAUAAAACAAUCCUUUUCUUCAUUUUCCUGCUGUCACUGCACACUCACCACCACCUCACCUUUUUUUUUCUUCUCCGUAUCCACCAACGUCACAUUUUAAGAAAUCUGAGACUCGCUUCAUUCUUCCAUACUCGAUCGAUCCGGGAUUUAAUAUGAAGCGCACGAGGAAAUCUAACAGGGUUUCGUGGGCUUCUGCUGCUAAUCUAUGUCAGGUAAAAUUGUUCUUGUCGGAAGAUUUCCCGUCAAAAGUUGGUCUGGUAUCGCACGAUAAUCUUGAAGCAAGGGCGUCGUCAUUGUUGAGUUCCAGUACUAAUGAUUCUAUUGAUUUACCUCCUGGGUUUGAAAGUAGUCAUUUCCUGAACCAAUCAAAGGUUGAAUUCUCCCACAUUCCAAAGAUAAAAUGGGAAUGCCCUCGACCGUUUGUUUUCAGUUCUCGUUGGCUACUUGCAGCUGGUGAACAAAGUAGGGAGAAAGAUGUUCAGAAGCUGAGAGAAAUAAGAGUCCUUGAAGCAGUUUAUCCCAGACUCUCUGCCAUUCCUCCUAGCCCUUCUGUUUCUCUGGAUGUAGAAGAAGAAGAUUAUGAUGGUAGCAUUACUCCUUUGAUCCCUAUCAUUCCCAUUGAGGAGGAGGAAGAGGCCAUGGCUAAUUCGCCUGAAUCGGAUGCAGCAGCGAACCCUCACCCCAAUGUUCAGUCUCCGAAUUUGCAUCAAUAUAUGUCAGCAACAAGUUCCAUUAAUUCAGACCGUAACACCUCUGGCACUGUCUCCCCGGCUGCCUGUUUAUUGCCUUUCGCCGGGGUAUCUUCUGGUUUGGAAGCUGAUGUAGUGGCAGCCUCUGAUGCUGUGGCAGCCAUCCUUAAGAGUAAUGAGCAUGGAGGCUUAAUUGAUAUGGAUCUACUAGUUAAAAUAUUUAGUGACCCAAAAAUGAUUGAGAAUUUGAUCAAUGAAGCCUCCAAUGUAGGUGCAUCCUCAAAUGCAGUGUCUUUACCCACUUCUGGAUUGAAAUCUUCUAUUCCAUCAUCUCCUUUUUUUACAUCUGCACCUGACAUGUCAGCUUCUAGGAAUACACACAUUAGUUCUGUGGGUUUUUCUGGGUUGAAUCCUGCAAGUCCAUCAGUUUCAUAUUUGAAUUCUACAUCUGGUAAGCCAGCAACUCUGUUUGCUCCUUCAAUUCCAUCAUAUUCUACAGUGACUUCUCCACAUGACAGGUCAGCAACUGCAUCAGUUCCAUUUUCUAGGCCGACGGUGUCUGGUCAACCAGUAUCCCCCUCAGUUUUUGUGCCCACACCUACACCUGCACCUCAUAUGCCCAGACCUGUCGACAAUAAUUUUCACAUGUCAAAUGGAAUGCCAACUGCUUUAAAUUCCCAGCCUCAGCCAGAUUCAUUUCGGGCAUCUGGGGCGAAGCGACCCGCCUCUUUUGCUUUUGCUUCCAUGUCUUCUAGUGAACCAAGCACAGCUCCAUUGCCUCCUCCUACCGGGAACCUGCAUACUGUUUUCAACCAUGGACAAACCAGUGCUAGAACAAAGCCGUAUCAAACAAGUACAGGUUCAGCAUCUGCUGUAAAGGAUGCCAACUAUUAUAAAAACCUCAUUAGGCAACAUGGUGCAGAUGGACAAGAUAAGCCGGACUCUCAAAUAGGUAACCGUCAUAGUAACUUCCAAGAUAUGAAAUUGGGACAUAAUAAUCAAGGAGAAGUGAAACACAAAAGCAAGAAACCAUGCAUUUAUUUUAAUAGCCAAAGGGGGUGCAGGAAUGGUGCCAGUUGCCCCUUUCAGCAUGAUGUUUCAGCUCAGUCGGGAGCUGGUAACUUACUAGGGCCGAAGAAUGUUAAAAGUUUUAAAAUGUGAUCAGAAAUUUAGGGGGAGAGCGUAAUUCUAAGCUGAAUUUUUCUAUGGUAAAAACUUCAAACUUUUUUAACCAUGUAAAACAGAGAGUAGUAGGUUGAAACAGAACAGGAACAGGGAGUGAGAGGAUAAUGCAACGUUGGCAAGUUUUUGUGGCUGUGGCCUGGAAUUGUGGUGGCCGGAUUUUGGUAUGUUUGUGGGCCGUACAUUUGGGUCCAAGGUUUUGAGACUUUUGACAGGUCCUGUCGGUUCCUUAAAUCGACAGGCAUUUAGUGUUUUAGACAAAUUGGUAUUUUCUUCUAUUUUGCAGUUUGAUGAGAUCUUUGCAGCCUGGAUCCAAUCAAAGUGGUGGUCCAUCCAUGCAGUUCAAUGGCCAAUGGGUAUCCAUCCAUUCAUAA